GGCCGGAGCUUGACGAUGCGGCCCUUGUCCUUGCAGAGCGGUGGGUAUGACCUCAACCUCUUCACCAGCACCUUGGACUGCAGCUUCCUCUGCUCCGUCUGCCGUGGCGUACUCAAGAGGCCCGUGAGGCUGCCAUGCGCCCACACCUUCUGCAAGAAGUGCAUCCUCCAGUGGCUGGCCAGACAAAAGACGUGUCCGUGCUGCAGGAAGGAGGUGAAGAGGAGAAAGCUGGUGCACGUGAACAAGCUGCGGAGAAGCAUCGGCCGCCUGGAAGUGAAGUGCAAGAACGCCGAGGCUGGAUGCCUGGUCACAUGCCCCCUGGCCCGUCGCAGGGAGCACCAGGACUCAUGCCCGUUUGAGCUGACAGCUUGCCCCAACGAGGGGUGCACCGCACAGGUGCUGCGGGGCGCCCUAGCUGACCAUCAGCUGCACUGCAUGCAAAGUGCCCGCCAGCUCUGCCCGCUGGGGUGUGGGGCCACUGUGGGCCCAGCGGAGCGCGCAGGACACAACUGCUACCGCGAGCUGCGUGAUGCCUGGAGCGCACGCCAGGAACGCAGCCGGGCCCUGCUGCUGCGCCUGCUGCAGCGCCUGCGCCAGGUGCACCGCACCACCAGCCUCAUCCGCCGGCAGCUGGCACAGCUGGGCAACUUCCUGGAGGAAGACGACAUCCUGCUGGCCGGCACCUCCCAGGGUGCUGAGGCUACACCAGGAAGCAGGAGCGGGGCUCAGGGCCAAAGUACCUUAUAAGUAGACGGGUAAAUAAACCUGGUGCCCGGGCCUGGUCCACCUCAUUA